UUAUUAGUGGUUGAAAUGAAAGGCUGCAAAAAAGGAAAGGUCUACCUAUAUAGAAAUUUGGCGCCUGAGUUGAAGCCGUUGCUUUCCUCCUCCGGCGUUUCCUCUCUCUCUCUAGUCGACUCUCGUCGCCGGAGACCCGUUUAACCGGCGAAGAAUAAAGCUGAUGACUUUGACUUCUGCUCACCAAUCGCUUGGUUGAGUAUUUGGUCCUCUCUUUCUCAUCCUCUGUCUCUCUGUCAGCUCAAGACUGAUUGUCGGAAGAUAUUAGAAGAUGUCUCAAAGAAGGGAGAGUGGUCCGUCUCGGCCGCACAGGCCGAUUCAACGGACUCAGACCCUUGGUAGUCUUGGAGAAGCUAUGCUUGAUAGUGAAGUGGUGCCAUCUUCUUUAGUGGAGAUUGCUCCCAUCCUUCGUGUGGCUAAUGAAGUUGAAGCUAGUAACCCACGAGUUGCUUACCUAUGUCGAUUUUACGCGUUUGAAAAGGCGCAUAGGCUUGAUCCGACAUCAAGUGGACGUGGUGUUCGCCAGUUUAAGACUGCUCUUCUUCAACGAUUAGAAAGGGAGAAUGAAACAACUUUGGCAGGAAGGCAAAAGAGUGAUGCGCGUGAGAUGCAGAGAUUUUAUCAACACUACUACGAGAAGUACAUCCAUGCUUUGAAUGCUGCUGAUAAAGCUGACCGUGCUCAACUUACAAAGGCCUAUCAAACUGCUGCCGUUCUCUUUGAAGUCUUGAAGGCUGUUAACCAGACAGAAGAUGUGCCAGUGCCUAUAAAGAUUUUGCAACAGCAGAAGAAGGUGGAAGAGAAGACACAGAUUUACAAGCCUUACAAUAUACUUCCCUUAGACCCUGAUAGUCAGAAUCAGGCUAUAAUGAGAUUGCCUGAGAUACAAGCUGCUGUAACCGCUCUUAGAAAUAUAAGGGGAUUGCCAUGGAAAGCAGGUCACAAGAAGAAAAUAGACGAAGACAUUCUAGACUGGCUUCAGUCCAUGUUUGGUUUCCAGGAAGAUAGUGUUUCCAAUCAAAGAGAGCACUUGAUCUUGUUACUUGCUAAUGUCCACAUCCGACAAUAUCCAAGACCAGAACAAGAACCAAAGUUGGAUGAUCGGGCUUUGACCAUAGUGAUGAAGAAACUGUUCAGAAACUACAAGAAGUGGUGCAAGUAUUUGGGUCGGAAAAGUAGUCUUUGGUUGCCGACUAUUCAACAAGAGGUACAGCAGCGUAAAUUGCUCUACAUGGGGCUUUAUCUUCUGAUCUGGGGAGAAGCAGCAAACCUGAGAUUCAUGCCGGAAUGUCUCUGUUAUAUAUACCACCAUAUGGCUUUCGAGUUGUAUGGUAUGUUGGCUGGUAGUGUUAGUUCAAUGACAGGGGAGCAUGUAAAGCCAGCUUAUGGUGGCGACGAUGAAGCUUUCCUGCAGAAAGUAGUGACUCCUAUAUACAAGACAAUUGCAAAGGAAGCAAAGAGAAGUAGAAAUGGAAAGUCAAAGCAUUCUGUUUGGAGAAACUAUGAUGACUUGAAUGAGUAUUUUUGGUCAAUUCGAUGUUUUCGCUUAGGGUGGCCUAUGCGAGCUGAUGCUGAUUUCUUUUGCCUGACAGCUGAAGAACUUCGAGUUGAGAACAGCGAGAUAAAAUCAAAUAGUGGAGAUCGGUGGAUGGGAAAAGUCAAUUUUGUUGAGAUACGCUCCUUCUGGCAUAUAUUUAGAAGCUUUGAUAGAAUGUGGAGCUUCUACAUCCUGUGUUUGCAAGCAAUGAUUGUUAUUGCAUGGAAUGGUUCCGGAGAGUUGAGCGCCAUCUUUCAGGGUGAUGUCUUCCUUAAGGUUCUGAGCAUUUUCAUUACUGCAGCUGUACUAAAGCUUGCACAAGCUCUCCUUGACAUAGCCCUCAGCUGGAAGGCAAGACACAGCAUGUCACCUUAUGUGAAACUCAGAUACGUCUUGAAGGCUGGUGCGGCUGCAGGGUGGGUUAUAGUCAUGCCGGUUGCUUAUGCCUACAGCUGGAAAAACGCUUCUGGCUUUGCGCUGACCAUAAAGAAUUGGUUUGGUGGACACAGCCAUAAUUCUCCUUCCCUUUUCAUAGUGGCGAUUCUUAUCUACUUGUCCCCGAACAUGCUUUCUGCGUUGCUGUUUUUAUUUCCAUUCAUUCGACGUUAUCUUGAAAGAUCUGAUUUUAAGAUAAUGAUGCUGAUGAUGUGGUGGUCUCAGCCUCGGCUGUACAUAGGAAGGGGUAUGCAUGAGAGUGCGUUGUCACUUUUCAAGUACACGAUGUUCUGGAUUGUUCUUCUGAUUUCAAAGCUGGCUUUCAGUUUUUACGCUGAGAUUAAGCCACUUGUUGGUCCAACCAAAGAUAUAAUGCGAAUCCAUAUAUCAGUCUACAGCUGGCAUGAAUUUUUCCCUCAUGCUAAGAAUAAUUUAGGGGUCGUCAUUGCACUCUGGUCACCGGUUAUUCUCGUUUAUUUCAUGGACACUCAAAUAUGGUAUGCUAUCGUUUCAACUCUGGUUGGAGGUUUAAAUGGAGCUUUCCGCCGUCUUGGAGAGAUCCGGACACUUGCAAUGUUGAGGUCAAGAUUCCAGUCCAUACCAGGGGCCUUUAAUGAUUGCUUGGUACCACAUGAACAGAGCGACGAUACAAAGAAAAGGGGAUUUAAGGCGACCUUCUCUCGCAAGUUUGAUCAGCUACCAUCUAGUAAAGACAAGGAAGCAGCGCGGUUUGCUCAGAUGUGGAACAAAAUAAUCAGUAGUUUCCGAGAAGAGGAUUUGAUUAGUGAUAGGGAAAUGGAACUUUUACUUGUGCCAUAUUGGUCUGACCCUGAUUUGGAUCUUAUCCGUUGGCCACCUUUUCUACUGGCUAGCAAGAUCCCAAUAGCUUUGGAUAUGGCCAAAGACAGCAAUGGGAAAGACCGUGAACUGAAAAAGAGAUUGGCUGUUGACAGCUACAUGACCUGUGCAGUUAGCGAAUGCUAUGCCUCUUUCAAGAAUCUCAUUAAUUAUUUGGUUAUUGGAGAACGAGAAAGACAGGUCAUAAAUGAUAUCUUCUCCAAGAUUGAUCAACACAUCGAGAAAGAAACACUGAUAACAGAACUGAACCUGAGUUCUCUUCCUGAUCUGUAUGGCCAGUUUGUUCAGCUAAUCGAAUAUUUGAUACAAAACAGAGAGGAGGACAAGGAUCAAAUUGUAAUUGUCUUGCUGAACAUGUUAGAAGUGGUGACUAGAGACAUAAUGGACGAAGAAGUUCCAAGCUUACUAGAGACUGCACACAAUGGAGCUUAUGUAAAGUACGACGUCAUGACCCCUCUUCAUCAGCAGCGCAAAUAUUUCAGCCAACUUCAGUUCCCAGUUUACUCUCAAAAGGAAGCCUGGAAAGAAAAAAUCAAGAGGCUUCAUCUUUUGCUUACUGUCAAGGAGUCAGCAAUGGAUGUUCCGUCCAACUUGGAAGCUCGAAGGCGUCUAACUUUCUUUUCAAAUUCAUUAUUCAUGGACAUGCCUCCUGCACCCAAGAUCCGCAACAUGCUUUCCUUCUCGGUCCUAACACCAUACUUUUCAGAGGAUGUUCUUUUCUCCAUAUUUGGUUUAGAACAGCAAAAUGAAGAUGGAGUCUCCAUACUUUUUUACUUGCAGAAGAUCUUCCCAGGUUUCACUUUUCUUUCUGUUUAUUUUUUUUCUUCAUAUGGGGCUAUUAUUGUGUUUGAGCUAACAGCUGAUUCAUGGCUUACAUCAGACGAAUGGACGAACUUCCUGGAACGAGUUAAAUGUGGCAGCGAAGAAGAACUAAGAACAAAAGAUGAGUUGGAAGAGGAGCUUCGUCUAUGGGCAUCUUACAGAGGCCAAACUCUGACUAAAACUGUGCGAGGCAUGAUGUAUUAUCGAAAGGCUUUGGAACUUCAGGCCUUCCUUGACAUGGCAAAGGAUGAAGAAUUAUUGAAAGGCUACAAGGCUCUGGAGUUAACCAGUGAAGAAGCAUCAAAGAGCGGAGAGUCGCUAUGGGCACAGUGUCAAGCACUUGCGGAUAUGAAAUUCACCUUUGUGGUUUCCUGCCAACAGUACAGUAUCCACAAGAGAUCUGGCGACCAACGUGCUAAAGACAUAUUGAGACUUAUGACAACGUAUCCAUCUAUUCGUGUUGCUUAUAUUGAUGAGGUGGAGCAAACACAUAAAGAAAGUUAUAAGGGGACAGAGGAAAAGAUUUAUUACUCAGCUCUUGUGAAAGCUGCUCCACAGACCAAACCAAUGGAUUCUUCUGAAUCUGUUCAAACAUUAGAUCAGCUCAUUUACCGGAUUAAGCUUCCGGGGCCAGCUAUACUAGGAGAGGGAAAGCCGGAAAAUCAGAACCAUGCUAUCAUUUUUACACGUGGAGAAGGGUUGCAAACAAUUGACAUGAACCAGGAUAACUAUAUGGAGGAAGCUUUCAAAAUGAGGAACUUGCUGCAAGAGUUUCUUGUUAAGCAUGGAGGCGUGAGAUUCCCUACCAUUCUUGGUCUCAGAGAGCAUAUUUUCACUGGAAGUGUGUCUUCUCUUGCAUGGUUUAUGUCAAAUCAGGAGAACAGCUUUGUAACGAUUGGGCAAAGGGUGCUAGCUAGUCCCUUAAAGAUACGAUUCCAUUACGGUCAUCCAGAUAUUUUUGAUCGUCUGUUUCACCUUACCAGAGGUGGUAUCUGCAAAGCUUCUAAAGUCAUCAAUCUUAGUGAAGACAUCUUUGCAGGUUUUAACUCAACUCUGCGUGAAGGAAACGUGACUCAUCAUGAAUACAUACAAGUCGGUAAAGGGAGAGACGUGGGACUCAACCAGAUCUCAAUGUUUGAGGCCAAAAUCGCCAACGGAAACGGUGAGCAAACUCUGAGCCGGGACUUGUACAGACUGGGACACCGUUUUGAUUUCUUCCGGAUGCUCUCUUGUUAUUUCACCACCAUUGGUUUCUAUUUCAGUACCAUGUUAACAGUGCUUACAGUAUAUGUCUUUCUCUACGGCCGGUUAUACCUAGUACUCAGUGGGCUUGAACAAGGGUUAAGCAACCAACGAGCUUUCCGUAACAACAGGCCUCUCGAGGCAGCUCUCGCUUCCCAAUCAUUCGUGCAGAUCGGUUUUCUAAUGGCUCUCCCUAUGAUGAUGGAGAUUGGACUCGAAAGAGGCUUCCACAACGCACUGAUCGAGUUUGUCCUGAUGCAGCUACAGCUCGCUUCUGUCUUCUUCACGUUCCAGCUCGGCACAAAGACGCAUUACUACGGAAGGACACUGUUCCACGGAGGCGCGGAGUACAGAGGAACAGGCCGCGGUUUUGUUGUCUUCCACGCCAAGUUCGCCGAGAACUAUAGAUUCUAUUCCCGCAGCCACUUCGUGAAGGGCAUCGAGCUGAUGAUUCUCUUGCUAGUGUAUCAGCUCUUUGGUCAAUCUUACAGGGGCGUUGUGACUUAUAUUCUCAUCACAGUUUCGAUAUGGUUCAUGGUGGUGACGUGGCUGUUUGCUCCCUUCUUGUUUAACCCCUCUGGCUUCGAGUGGCAGAAGAUCGUUGAUGACUGGACGGACUGGAACAAGUGGAUAUACAACAGGGGAGGGAUCGGUGUUCCGGCUGAGAAGAGUUGGGAGUCUUGGUGGGAGAAGGAGCUGGAGCAUCUUAAGCACUCGGGGGUCCGCGGUAUCGUACUUGAGAUUUUCUUGGCGUUGCGGUUCUUUAUAUUUCAGUAUGGGCUUGUGUAUCAGCUCAGUAUCUUUAAAGGGAAGAAUCAAAGUUUUUGGGUUUAUGGAGCUUCAUGGUUUGUCAUCUUAUUCCUUCUACUCAUUGUGAAGGGUUUGGGGAUGGGAAGGAGAAGAUUCAGCACGAGUUUCCAGCUUCUAUUCAGAAUCAUAAAGGGUCUUGUGUUCCUCGCAUUUGUUACAAUUCUCAUUACGCUCCUUGCACUUCCUCUGAUAACAAUCAAAGACUUAUUCAUCUGCAUGCUUGCCUUCAUGCCAACUGGCUGGGGAAUGCUUCUUAUUGCACAAGCUUGUAAGCCUCUGAUCCAACAUCUAGGGGUAUGGUCAUCGGUUAAGACGCUAGCACGCGGCUAUGAGAUCGUGAUGGGCUUGCUUCUGUUCACGCCGGUUGCGUUCUUGGCUUGGUUUCCUUUUGUGUCUGAGUUCCAGACAAGAAUGCUCUUUAACCAAGCGUUUAGCAGAGGUCUUCAAAUUUCUCGUAUUCUUGGUGGUCACAGAAAAGACAGGUCUUCCAAAAACAAGGAGUGACAUGCAACAUGUAAAUAUAGAUUAAUGGUUAUAUGUUGCUUGAUUCACAAGUUAUCUACAUUUAGAAGCCUUAUAACUUUCAUACAACUAUGUUUUCUUCUUUCUUUUU